UGACGAUAAUGUUUUGGUGACGUCACGCGCGGCCGUUAGGUUCGGUGGGUGGGCUGGUCCGCGGCUUCUUGUUUUCGGCUUCAAAUCACGCUGACACACGAUGAUUUAACCCGAAUACAGGAGCACACGAACACCGCAGGAUGAGUUAGAGGCUGUGCUUCGUGUGUGCCAGUGCACUGAAACAUGGAUCGUAGCAGCGUCCACGUCCUUCUGCUGCUCUUGCUGCAGACCCUGCAGACAUCAGCCGAGGACUCAGAUCGACAGUUGGCGUGUCUGUGCGAGGGCUCUAAAUGCCUCCAGGCCACCCAGUGCCACGGUAAGCGAUGCUUCUCCUCUGUCAAAGUCACCAGCAGCAGGGUGUUGUUCGAGCGCGGCUGCCUGGAGGGAUCGGACAAUAUCCGUCUGCAGUGCUCCACAGCUCCGUCCGUCCACCACGCCAUUUUCUGCUGCUCCCAGGACAUGUGCAACGUCAACACCACCACGAGUUCGCUGAUGUCGCUGCUGCUUCCAACAGCCCUAGAAGGUGAGCCAGUUCGGUAUCGCGUGGAGACUUUAGCUCUCUUCGUACUUGGUCCGGUGGUGGUUCUGGCUCUGCUGUCGGUAGUGUCGGUUUUAGCCUGCAGGCGGCUCCACCACGGCCGAUUGCAACGGCUGCAGGAGUUUGACACGGAGCAGGGAGCCAUAGAUGGCCUCAUCACCUCCAACGUGGGAGACAGCACUUUAGCGGACCUGUUGGACCACUCGUGUACCUCAGGCAGCGGUUCAGGUCUUCCUUUCCUCGUCCAGAGAACCGUGGCCAGACAGAUCAGUCUGAUGGAGUGCGUAGGCAAGGGGAGGUAUGGGGAGGUGUGGCGAGGCCAGUGGCAGGGAGAGAACGUGGCUGUAAAGAUCUUCUCCUCAAGAGAUGAGAAGUCCUGGUUCAGAGAGACCGAGAUCUACAACACAGUGCUGCUAAGACAUGAAAACAUACUGGGCUUCAUGGCGUCUGACAUGACAUCUCGCAACUCCAGCACCCAGCUGUGGCUUAUUACCCAUUACCAUGAGAACGGCUCUCUUUAUGACUACUUGCAGCGGGUUGCCGUGGAGACGUCGGAGGGCUUGGCGAUGGCCGCGUCGAUCGCGUGCGGCCUUGUGCACCUGCACACGGAGAUCUUCGGCACGGAGGGGAAGCCGGCCAUCGCACACCGAGACCUGAAGAGCAAAAACAUCCUGGUCACAAAGGAGCUGCGCUGCUGCAUCGCAGACCUUGGGCUGGCUGUGACACACUCCCAGGCAGACAACCUGCUGGAUGUGGGCAACAACCCAAAGGUUGGCACCAAGCGUUACAUGGCACCUGAAGUGCUGGACGAGACCAUCCAGACAGACUGCUUUGACGCCUAUAAGAGAGUGGACAUCUGGGCCUUCGGGCUGGUGCUGUGGGAGAUAGCAAGACGCACAUACAGCAACGGUAUUGUCGAGGAGUACAAGCCUCCGUUUUAUGAUCAGGUGCCAAAUGACCCGAGCUUUGAGGACAUGAGGAAGGUGGUGUGUGUGGAGCAGCAGAGACCUUUCAUUCCUAAUCGUUGGUUCUCUGAUCCUACUCUCUCUGCUCUGGUGAAACUGAUGAAGGAGUGUUGGUACCAGAACCCCUCGGCCAGGCUGACCGCGCUGCGCAUCAAGAAGACCCUGGACAAGAUUCACAGCUCUCUGGAGAAGGGCAAGGAGUCAUGAGAAGGAGAGGAGCCUCAGAGGCAGCUGCCUGAUGUCAGGGAUCGGCUUAGACAAGAGCCCAGUGUUCGUUUAAAAAAAAAAGGGGUGGGGUGGGGGGGUGGACGGACAGAGGACCGGAGGAAAAAGUUGUUCAAGUGUCAUCCAGCCUCAUCCUUCUCUUUGCUCUCUCACUUUCACUGUGGUUGCCUUCCACCGACAUCCCUCUCUCUGACUUGAAGCCUCACGCAGACGUUUGGAACUGGUCCUGUCUGAAUAAGCCAGCCUUCGCCGACAGGACACAAGAAGCCUGUCCCCAAUGUGUUCGCACUUACCUGAACUGUAGACUGUUACUGCGAGAGUGAAGAACAAACGGAUGGCAUACUGUAGUACUUUCAUCCCAUUGCUUUAACGCCCAUUUAAGACUGCUCUCACACACACACACACACACACACCAAACACCAAACACUACAUACUGAGUGUCUCUUAUAAAUUACCCAGUGUUUGUGGCAUGCAGUCGUGGCAUUCUGCUCAGAGACAAUCACAAGUGUUUUACUCAUUUAGCUUUAUUAGAACAUGCCAACUAUUGCCACAAACACACACACACACUCUACAAAACACACACACGUGUGUUCAUUUACAAAAGGAAAAGAGCCAAUAGAAUCAAAAUUGUUUCUAAACUUUUUAAAAUAGUAUGAUAUUUAUGUAUUAAAUCUCCACUGCUACGACACUACUGAGGAUAUGUAAGGACGGUGCGUGAAGCUGACUGUAUACAUAUAUAGGCAUUUACUCUACUGGACUUUCUGUACCCAUAUUGUCAUUAUUGAAGCUAGUAAGGAAUAUUGUUUUUGAGAAAUAGAGGGAAAAGUUAGGAAAUUGUUUGAAUGGGGGAAAAAAAGGAUAAAACACGAUGUUUAUCUUGGUGGUUGGUGGAGUAGACGCGCAGUAAGUACUUGCCAAUCGGCAUUACUCUGUAUCUUAUAAUAAGAAUAUGAGAUGAACUGAUCUUCUCUGCCUGACAAACUUUAUAAACUCACUGUGGCUGAUUUAAGGGAGGCAAAAGAAAGAAAGAAAGUCUUCUGUGCAGGCAGAGAGGAUUUAAAGAAGACGUGUUUGUGGUGGAGCUGAACUGGUUUUCUGUAGCGAGGCGGGCUUCCAUUUACUCCUCAUCUCCCAUCAUGCCACACUGUAAAAGUUGCCUGAAUAACAGGAGGAAAAAACAAAAAACACUCCAUCUUCGUUUGGUAACAGUUUUAUUCUGGAGUUGCCUAGUUGUGCGGUUACAGAUGAGUUUGUUCACAAAUGCUGGGUUUGUUUUGGGAAAAAAA